AUGAGUGAUGAACAGUGCCGCCAGAAGCUAAAGGAAUGGGGAUUAACUGAGUUAAUUUCCAUAUUCGAAGAACAAGAUGUGAAUUUUGAUAGUCUGGCAAAAAUGCCAGACGAUUUGCUGGAGAAGCUGGUACCGAAACUGGGGCCUCUAAGUAUCCUUAGAUAUAAUAUUAAAAAUAUACGAGAAAAAGAUCUUACUAAAGUUUUUGUGGAUUCACCUUUAGGGACACUAACGACAAUAUCAGAAAGCCAAUCCGACGCAAGUGAAUUAUCAUUUCCAGUCUCCAUUCAGGCUGGCUCUCAGUCACUAAGCUCGCCCUCUUUACUUUCUUCGGAGCAUUCUAUAAAUGAUAUACCAAUAAUUUUUACUCAAGAAUUGGUCAAUGAAGCAGUGAACCAGGCACUAGUCACACUAGCCGGUCCCAAUACGAAUAAAAGAAAGUUUAAAACACACAUUGCCGAUGUUGAUAUCCUAUCGAUAAUAAAUAAUGAUAUUCAUGGUCAAGCUGCAAUAGCAGUAUAUGCUAAGAAAAAACAGCUUGGUCCAAAGUACCAAAAUUAUGUUGUGGAUAUAAUUUGCAAGUACUUUUUACUAAAUCUAAAAGUUUACGGGCGUCUAAACAAUGAAUGUUUUGACGAACUCUGCCUUAAGAUACUGGAGAUAUUUCCAGAGGAAAUAGCAUCGACAUAUUAUGUUGCCCCGGUUAGAAAAUGCAUGUCAAGAUUAAAUAAACCUGGCAUUUCAAGAGGCAAAAUUCCGGAUAAAUAUCGUAACGAAAUAACUGAACUAAAAAAUGCUGGAAUUAUCCCCAGACAUUCUCAUCUGGACCAAUCCGAAGCGGUAACGGAUGAAACUAUUAAACAAACUAUAGAAUCUGAUGCUGCUAUUGAUGACAGUUGUACUUGGCUAAGAAACAAUACUCAACCCCAAGAAAGUGUACGUAAACAUUGGAAGACUACGUUCAAAACUAGAAGAAGGCAAAUUUGCAGCCAAAAAGACACUAUAGGCGGUAUAUACGAGCAGUGGCCAAUUCUGAAACACUCUAUUGGAUAUACUCUGAUUGAAGACGACUUUCAAACAUUAUAUCCAACAAAAGAGGAUUUGAUGAUAAAUUUUAAAAUACUCUUUGAAAAAGCUAUUCAGUGUCGGAAUUCGACACUGUCAAGUGACGAUUCAAUCCUACUAGAUAUAGUAGACUCGCCUACCAUAACAGAAGAUUCUAAGAAUAUCAUUAGGUUGUACAUUUUGUCAAGUACUUUACCGCCCAAAGCACCAAAGUUGAAAAAAUGGAAACCAUCCAUAGCAGAAAGCCGCGAAGGUAUUUUAGUUAUAGUAAAAACAUCUGAAGGUGUACAGGUUGCGAUUGAUAAGAAACGUGAGAAAAUGAGGAAAUUGGGAUUAUCAGUACAGCCAUUUGUAAUUGUGGAAGCUCCAUCAAUAACAGCAGUCAAAUCUAUUUUUGUCUGCAUUGACAAUAUUCAAUAUGAAGUUCCUUCCAUCAUUAAAGCACUAGAGGUAUGUUUCAAAACCUUUAUCGUACUCGACGCCGCUUAUCCACUAGAAUCUGAACAUUUAUGGACGCUAAUUCAGUGGUAUCUGUAUGAUAUCCACACAGUAUUUGACGCUAAACAACCUUACGUGUUGGAAUUUAUAAAUAAACUUAAAAAAAACUGAACUGUUUAAUAAAUAAGCUCGUUAUUAUUUUUGCU